CCAACGUCCACCUGGCCAUCCACCCAACCAUUGGCACCUGGGACCUCUAUGACGAACUCCAUCUACACAGAGAGCGGGUCAAGAUAUUUGCAAAUACCCUCAAAGACAUGGCCCUGGGACACAAUGCCCCCCUCUCCCUCCUCUACUAGGAGCUUUAGAUACCAUCCCAAACCUCCUCCACCCCAUCACCACCCCAGAAUCAUCCCCUCUGCUGUGAGGAGACACAACCAUUGAGCCUGUACCUCCCACUCACCACACGCCCACAACCUCACCACUUUGAAGCACAACCAGAAGAGGUUACCUUCCACCUCCUUAGCCCCUCCCUUUACAGCAUCAGCAGCAGAGAUAUGCAGCAGCACAUGCCCCUUAUCCUCCUCCACACCUACAGCAGCAGAGAUAUGCAGCAACACCUGCUCCUUGUCCUCCUCCCCACCCACAGCAGCGGAGCUAUGCUGCAGAAGCUGCCCCAUGUUCCCCUCCCCACCCACAGCAGCGAAGCUAUGCUGCAGUUGUAGCCCAGCCUACUUCCACAGUCCAACCCCUUGCUACCUCUGAGCUGGGAGACAUUAGGGAGAUGCUGCACACCCUGUGCACCCGGUUUCUGUCCAGGUAAGAAGCACCUUCUCACUUGAGAAACAGAAUGAUAGCAAUAGUAGUAGUCAGUACAAUAGUAACAUUAGUGAAAAUAGUACAUGCCUCCAUAUAAUCCAUGUAAAAUUAUUAGUCAGUAUUGUAAAUGUUUAGGUAGUUGUAGGUGUUUUUGUAUUUGUCUACUAUACAGGUUCAUUUUGAUUGUUUUUAUGCCUUAAUUUUAUAUAAGCUGCUGGAAUAUUCUGGGUUUCCACUCUUCAACCUUUGAGCUCAAGAGUGAAAACCCUGCAAUCAUGAAAUCUAUCAAAGUUGUUGAUGUAAUUGUGUUAACAGAAACAUGUCAAAAUGAUCUGCUCAUUACCUCCAGGACAUAAUGAAGUCAUGGUGCCCUCUGUAAAAUAAAAAAAAACAUAUGCAAGGGCAAAACAUCAUACAUUUGGUAGAUUCUCUAGCAGAUUCUCCUUAUUAUGAAGAAGACAUUUUUGAAACUCUCCACUCAGAAAUCGCCCAUUUCCAGGCCCAGGGAAACGUGCUUCUAACUGGAGAUCUGAAAGGACGAACAGGAAUUGAACCUGAUGUCAUCGACCGACAGGGCAACAACCAUGUGUUUGGUCAGUCUCCCCUGUUUACCACAGCAACCAUCACCCAUCGGAACAACCUUGACUCUGAAAUAAACCAAAGUGGCAGGGAGGUAGUGCAUCUCUGUCGGGCCUUAGGCUUGUACAUAGUUCACGAGAGUAUUCACAGCUGCCACUGGCAGCAUCACCCUUGCCUGCCACCAGGUCACCACCAGCCCCUCCACCACAGCCAUCAUCACCAGCCUGGCCAGCCAAGAGGUCCUGUGCCCCCCGAACACAAGCACCUCCCCCACAGCUACGAGCAUCCCAUGUACCAGCAGCCAGCUCUGCUGUCUUGGAAGACAGACAAAGACCUGGACACCGCUCCCCCUGUCUCCAGGUUUCAACCAGCUCGGACAUCAGGGCCACAGCUCAGCUCCACCUCCACAUAUACACCGCUCGACCUGUUCAAACUUUUCCUUCCUGUACAAACCAUACCAACACUGUGUCAAAACACAAACAAGCAGGCUGCUAAACAAGGAUGAGGGAAAAAAGUACAAAUGGACAGACUUGAACACAGGGGAUUUUUACAAGUACAUUGGGCUGCUUCUGUAUAUGGCCAUGGUGAAACUCGAUAACAUCGCAGAUUACUGGAGGCAGAAUCACCUUUUUUCUUUGCCACUUCCAUCACUGAUCAUGCCAUGGGACAGAUACAGAGCAAUAUCUUGGAACCUUCAUCUUAGCAACCCUGAUGAGGAUGUCCAUAAUGACAGAAAAAAGGGUAGCCGACCAUGACAACUCUUCCGACUAAAACCCCUGAUGGACACCAUCAAGAAUGCGUGUAAGACAUUUUAUCAUCCCCAUAGAGAUGUGGCUGUGGAUGAAAGAAUGGUCGCCUCAAAGGCUAAAACUGGGAUGACGCAGAAAAUGAAGGCACAACCCACAAAGUGGGGAUGCAAGCUGGGCUUGGCUGAUUCAAGGAAUGGCUACACAGUGAAAUUUUCCAUUUACGUCCUCUCUGGACAUGGCAUGGCACAGGCUACCACAUUUACAUGUACAAUUUUUAUUCCAGUCCCAAGCUCUUCAUGGCUCUCCAUGAGCAAAGAUUUGCUGUCUGUGGGACCUAUAGGGAGAACCGCAAGGACUUCCCUAGGACAGAACUGAACGCCCUCACAUGGAACUCAAAAAGAGGCUCCAUAAGAUGGAUCCGGGAUGGCCCCCUCAUCUAUGUGAAAUGGAUGGACACGAGAGAAGUAUCAGUCUGCUCCACACUUCACACAGCACACUCCGGUAAAACUGUGCAGAGGAGGGUGAAACAACGAGAUGGCUCCUGGACAAAGGUAUCAAUCCCUUGUCCCACACCAGUUAAAGAGUACAAUCAACACAUGGGUGGAGUUGAUCGAUCAGACCAACUCAUUCAGUAUUACAACUCAUUCACAAUACAAAACCAUGUGUUGGUACAGAAACCUGUUCUACCAUUUUCUGGACAUUGCCACACGUUUUUUGCAGCAUGGCAUGACAGUUGAAACAUGCUCAUUAUGUAAAUAUUGUAAAUAGUGUGUUAUUUCUGGGUGGAUUUUUAUAUACAUAGUAAAUGUUUGUUUUAUUCAUAUAAUCCACUACCUUUGUGAACUAAGACUAAGACUUUGGUAAAUCCAUUUCAAGCACCAAAACAAUUUGUCCACAUGAUUAAUGGUAUGUUUUACAAGAGAUCUGAAGAAUUUCCAAAACCAGACCAAGUGGUGCCUCAUUAUACAGAGAGCUGAGGUUUUUUUGCACAUUUUGAUAUGAAACACAUGGGUAUCAUGUUAUGCAAGUGCCUUUUAAAAGGUGAAUUUCAGAAGAUAUGUAAAAUCGAGAAAAUGCCCUCAGACCCCUCUAUAUACAAUUAAGAGGAAAUUUUAUGAUUUCCAAAUUCCAAUUAAAAUUUGGCUUAAACUAUUUGAUAGUUUCAUCCAGCCCAUUACUCUGUAUAAUAGUGAAGUAUGGGGUCCACUCAGUCAUCAUAGCUAUACCUGCUGGGACAAUCAUCCAACAGAAUCUUUACAUGCAGAAUUCUGCAGAUACAACACAUGCAUGUCGAGCAGAAUUAGGCAGAC